AUGUCCCAUCCACAAGCACCUCAACGACAGCCAACAACUUCCGAGACCGACAGAUAUGCACGAACAAUUCACAAUGUAGCCAUCGGAGCAUUAGUAGCCUGUCCACUCCUCGCCUUGUUGCCACCACGAAAGCUCGACUUCUUCACAUGGGGAUUGAUAGGUACGACCGGCUAUUCCGCCAACUACCUAACGCGUGAACAGACUGGACGGUCGAUAUGGCAGCAUGUCAAUGGCACACGUGCUUCUCUUAUGCAGACUGAAGCAGCAGCAGCAGCAGCAGCAGCAGCAGCACCUCCAAUCGAGCAAGAAAGUUUAAAUAAGGAGCUUCAGCGUGCUAGGCAGGAGAUGCAGAGGCUACGUUCAGAAGCUGUUUCGGUGACGGAGCAGGUUGCAUCACAGAGUCAGCGGGAGGCGUGGAAGGCUCAGAGGGAAAAGGAGAUACAGGAUGAUCUGGACGUAGGCAAAGGCUUUGGCGAGAUGAUCACUGAUCAGAUCUGGGAGGUGUGGAACGGGGGAAAGAAGAAGGAGGAUGAGGAUGAUGGGUGA